UUGUCUCUCUUUAACCUAAAAAAAGCUGACACUUGGAAGGAAAAAAACAUAAAUACAUAAAUGAAAAUAAACAACCAAAAAAAAAACAGAAAAACUUUCAAACACGCAACAUUGCUGCUUUUCAGUUUGCAGGGUAACUGCCAGUAACCGUUCAGUGUCCGAAGGCCACCCCCUUCACACCAUCCUCACCCUUCACAAACCUGCAAGUUGCCACCAAGCCUCUGUAUCUCUCUCUCUGUGUAUAUAUAUAUAUAUAUAUAUGCGUGUGUAUCUGUUUAUAUAUAUGCUUUAAGGAAACGCUAAAGGUCUCUUGUACACUUCUCUAAACCUUCUUUAUCUCCACAUUGGAGACUAAUUCUAUGUUUCGUUUUAUUUAUGGGUUUUGGGAAUUUGUUUGAUGCAAGUGAGCCCUAGAAAUGGAUUUUCAUUUGAGGACUGUGAAUGGACUUCCCCUUUUGCUGCUUCUAAUUGUGACGAGCUUGGUCUUUGUUCAUGGUGAAAUUCCAACUACCCUUGAUGGACCCUUCAAGCCUGUGACCGUCCCUCUCGAUGACAGCUUCCGUGGGCACGCCGUCGAUUUGCCGGACACCGAUCCUCGGGUCCAAAGGACUGUUAAAGGGUUUGAGCCUGAACAGAUUUCAGUUUCUCUCUCCUCAACUUAUGAUUCAGUUUGGAUCACUUGGAUUACAGGGGAAUUCCAAAUUGGAGACAACAUAAAACCAUUGAAUCCUGAAACAGUUGCAAGUGUUGUCCAUUAUGGGGUGUCACAAUUCCCAUUGAUUCAACAAGCCGAGGGUCAGUCUCUAAUUUACAAUCAACUUUAUCCUUUUGAAGGCCUCCAGAACUACACUUCUGGAAUUAUACACCACGUCCGUCUCACAGGGUUGCAACCUGACACAGUAUACUAUUAUCAAUGUGGAGAUCCUUCUAUACCAGCAAUGAGUGAUAUCUAUUAUUUCAAGACUAUGCCUAUUUCUUGUCCCAGGAGUUACCCAAAUAGAAUAGCAAUUGUGGGAGACCUGGGUCUUACAUACAAUACAACUUCAACAAUCAUGCACUUGAUGAGCAACCAUCCUGAUCUUGUUCUAUUAGUUGGGGAUGUAUGUUAUGCUAACAUGUAUCUCACAAAUGGAACUGGAUCUGAUUGCUACUCUUGCUCGUUUUCACAAACUCCAAUACACGAGACCUAUCAGCCUCGGUGGGAUUAUUGGGGAAGGUUCAUGCAGCCUCUGGUGUCCAAUGUUCCAAUAAUGGUGGUGGAAGGGAACCACGAAAUAGAAUUGCAGGCUGGGAAUCUGACGUUUGCAGCUUACGGUUCUAGGUUUGCAUUUCCAUCUGAAGAAAGUCUAUCUUCAUCAACAUUCUAUUAUUCUUUCAAUGCAGGAGGCAUUCAUUUCAUAAUGCUUGGUGGCUACAUUGCUUAUAACAAAUCAGCGGAUCAAUACAAAUGGUUGGAGAGAGAUCUGGCUAACGUUGACAGGAAAGUGACUCCAUGGUUGGUAGCUACUUGGCAUCCACCUUGGUAUAGCAGCUACAAGGCACAUUACAGAGAAGCUGAGUGCAUGAGGGUAGCUAUGGAGGAACUACUCUACAAAUACGGUGUCGACAUAGUCUUUAAUGGACACGUUCACGCGUAUGAGAGGUCAAACAGAGUAUAUAACUACACCUUGGAUCCCUGUGGUCCGGUUUAUAUCACAGUUGGCGAUGGUGGUAACCGAGAGAAGAUGGCAAUUCCACACGCUGAUGAACCUGGUAACUGUCCCGAACCAUCUACGACACCGGAUGAAUUUAUGGGUGGCUUUUGUGCAUACAAUUUUACAUCAGGGCCAGCAGCUGGUAAAUUCUGUUGGGACAAGCAGCCCGAUUAUAGUGCAUACAGGGAAAGUAGCUUUGGCCAUGGAAUUCUUGAGGUGAAAAAUGAGACACAUGCUCUGUGGUCAUGGCACCGGAAUCAGGACAUGUACAACAAGGUUGGAGAUCAGAUUUACAUUGUAAGGCAGCCUGACAAGUGCCCAGUUGAAGCAAAGGUUUUCACAAAACUGGAAGCUUAGAACUAAAGCAUGGGUGCUAUUUAGAAGAAUGUAAAGCAGCAGAUGGGGCAUCAAAGUGAGCAUUUGCUUUUGGUUAUUGCCUUCUUUUUACAAAGUGCUGUUUAACAUUGAGCUGUUUGUAGAAUUAAUAUAUAUAUAUAUAUAUAUAUAUCCAAUAAUAUUUUCAAUAAAUAGAUUGUUGAAUAAAGCUUGCACAUUUCCGACACAAUUGUUUACGUGCCCAUUGGUGAUUGGUGCUGAGAACAUGUAAUAACUUCCCCAAAUUCAUCAUUCAAACAUAACUAUAAAUAAAUAUCUAUUUUGCCUUAAAAAACAAAGCAAAUAUCACCUCUGUAUUAACCAAUAAAACUACCAACCUGUUCCUCAGAUUCAAAUUGCUCACGCCCUUGACCUUGAUGUUUAUGGACAAAAUAAACAAUUGAAUUGGACAUUGGAUUUAAUUUGUUGAAAGCCUAAAAAUUUUUAAUGUUAAAUGAGUUUAAGAUUAGCUCAAAUCGAGCACGUCUAGCUAAAUGAAGUUCGCUGAACCAGCCAGUUUAAAAUCUGCUAACAACUCUUUUAACACACCAGAAGAGAACAAAAGCAAAAAAUCAAAUGGUAUUCUAGGAAGCUAACAAAAGAAGACUCCAUCCAAUUUCUAACAAAACUGUACUAACCUAGUCAUGAGACGAUGCAA